CUUGACCCUCCCACUCGACUGCUGGCUAGGAGAGGGAGACCUGCUGCUGUAUUUUACUUGUUGGCUUUUUAUAAUUUGCUUUUAGAAAAUACUACUAGAAAAUAAAUAUUUGUACUUGUCGUACACUGUGAAGCCUCCUUUUUUAAACUCGUUUUCACCCGGUGCGGAAUAACCAUUCUUUGCUGAUUCCUUUGUCAAGGGGGUUAUUUUCGGUCUUUGGUCCUGUUUAAAUUGGAAGAACUAUCAGUCAAAAGACAAAACUUUAAUUGGACUUUUCUAGCGGUCUGCUUCUUCUGAUUGACAAAUGGCAGAUGUGACAUGUUCAAAGGAAGGAGCUCGGAGUGUGUCCCCGCAGUGUCCUAAACCCGACGAGUCGGAGGUGCCCCUUGGCACCGCCACGGAGACCCAGCCGUCUCCACCUGUUGAAGGGGUAAAGACAGAGAAUGAUUCCUCUGGUGGUAUGAUCACAAAAGAAAUGGAGGAAGAGGAGAAGAAGUUGACAGAAAAAUCCGAAGAAAUGGACAAGGAGAUGAUUGAAAAGGCCCGUGAGUCCAUUGUACGGGACUCCCACGAUAUGCGCUUCAAGAGACUCCAGCAUCUGCUUGAGAAGAGCAACAUCUACUCCAAGUUCCUGCUGACUAAAAUGGAGCAGCAGCAACAAGAGGAGAAGGCCAAGAAAGAAAAGCAACAAAAAAAGUCUAAGAAGGUAAAAUAACAUUAUUAUAAAAAGGUUAAUUAAUG